AUGGACAAAUACGUGGUGAAACGACCCCCCCGCGAGGUGGGGAGUGGUAGCGGUGGAAAAAGGCCGCGUCCCGCGGAGCCGGGGCCCGCCUCAGCGCAGCCCCUCUGGCAGGAGAUCCGCGCUGAGGGGCUGAACUGCGAUUACCGGCUCCUCUUCGGUAAGGCUGAGGCUGACGAGAUUUUCCAGCAGCUGGAAGAGGAGGUGGAGUAUUUCGAAGGUGAAAUGACCAAGUUGCACGUCUUUGGCAAAUGGCACAACAUUCCAAGGAAGCAGGUCACCUAUGGAGACCCUGAGUUAACCUACACAUACUCAGGUGUUACCUUCUCUCCUAAGCCAUGGAUCCCAGUUCUCAAGCGCAUCCGAGACCAUGUCGCUCUGGACACAGGACAUACUUUUAAUUUUGUCCUAAUUAACAGGUACAAAGAUGGUGGGGACCACAUAGGGGAACAUCGUGACGACGAGAGCGAGCUGGUUCCACGCAGCCCUAUUGCCUCUGUCUCCUUUGGAGCUUGCAGGGACUUUGUUUUCAGGCACUGUGAUUCCAGAGGGAAGAAGGCAACACGCCACAUCCAACCCAUCAAGCUGCAGCUAGCCCAUGGCAGCCUGCUGCUGCUGAAGUACCCCACCAACGUGUACUGGUACCACAGCCUGCCCACCCGUAAGAGAGUGCUUGCCCCAAGGAUCAACCUCACGUUCCGGAACGUGAGGACUGUAGCCAAGAAGUGA